AUGAAUGCAUUUUUUGACGGUUAUGAUCAUGCUAAGACAAAUUUGAAAGAAUUUUUCAACCAGUUUGACAACGCACUAAAAAACAAAAUUGAGAAUGAAACUGUCGCAGACUUCCACUCAUUUAGGGUCUCAAUUCCUUGUAUAUCUAGAUCCCCAAUUAAAAAGAGAUUUCAAGAAUUGUACAUGAAUGCUAAAUUCAGGGAAGUUCAACAACAAACUACCGGCAUUAUUGAUAUGGAUCCAAAGUUAUUUAGGCAUAAUGGUACAAUAAAGACCUAUCAUGUAGAGGAUGAAAUUCAUGUGGAAGAGUUCACUAAGCUGGUUACACACUAUGUGGACUUUAGUGAGGAGGAUACAGCUGCAAAGUGUUCAGGUGGGUUGUGGAUAUUGUGUAGGCACAUUUUGGCAGUAUUCAAAUGUAACGGGAUUAAGUCUGUGCCAAAUACAUACAUUUUAGAUCGAUGGAGGAAGGACAUGAAAAGGAGGUACACGUUAAUCCAUUCCAACUAUGAAACUAGGGAUCAUCGGGCAUAUUCUAAUAGAUAUUCAAGUCUGUUGAAUACCUGUUAUCAGAUGAUUACUAAUGUUGCGUGUUCGAGUCACCAUACUGAGGAUGCAACUACAAAAUUGUAUGCAAUGAUUGACUUAUAUCGUGCCAACCAAGAACCCCCAUCGAUAACCCUAACGGGUGUGAAUGUUGGUUGUACAACUGCUUGUCCAACUACAAUUGGUAGUUCAAAGCAUGUACUCAAUCCGAACGCUAUGAGAGGGAAAGACAGACCCUCAUCUAUGAGGAGAGCACUGAGGAUGGAGAAAGACACGCAAAAAGUUAAAACAAAGAUGAAGAGAGCACCAGUGAAGGGGAAAUGCAAACAUCGAGAUGGAGGAGAUACAACAGUCGUGGACACUUGUAGGUGGUUAUUUGGCCCUUCAGAGAUGGAUACUCCCAAUGUUGAACAAGUCUAG